GGGGUCAGCGGCAUGCAAAACUAUAUGAGUCACCGUCCACCAUGACUUAUAUAUCCUAAUCAAGCGUAGUAUCCUUGUGCUAAUUAUCGGCAGCUACAUACACUAUCGAUCAGCUGAGCACCGUGUCAGGACCACACCCCUGUGCCGGCGUAUCGCGACGCUGCGUCCGGUGGGUGGGUCAACUGAUGACCUUGACCACCAAGGGUGUCUGCUCGCCGUAUAAAAGGUGACGGACCGUGGUAGUCGGCACCAGUUGCUCUGCACACUCGUCCAGCAAACCAACCAACAUGAAGGUGUUCCUUGUUGCCGCCGUGCUGGCCGUGGCUGCCGCCGAUUCUCCGGCUCCGUACCACCCGACUCCGGCUCCGUACCACCCGGCUCCGGCCUACAAGCCGGCUCCCUACCACCCGCAGACCCAGUACAAGGAGGAGGCCAGGCCGUUCGCCUUCGACUACGCCGUCAACGACCACUACACCGGCACCAACUUCGCCCGCAACGAGCAGAGCGACGGUCACAACGUGCAGGGCUACUACUCGGUGGUUCUGCCCGACGGCCGUACCCAGCACGUCAAGUACACGGCUGACCACUACGGUGGAUACAACGCCGAGGUCACCUACGACGGAGAGGCCGCCUACCCCGAGCAGCACUCUGCAUACAAGCCGGCCCCCUACAAGCCGGCCCCCUACCACCCGGCCCCUGCCUACAAGCCGGCCCCCUACCACCCGGCCCCUGCUUACAAGCCGACCCCUGCCUACAAGCCCGCACAUUAUUAAUGCAGUGUUGCUUGGUCUAAGGAGUAAAUGAGUUGUGGAAUGUACUAUUUAUCGUGUUGAUAAAUGUAUUGUAAAUAAAUGUUUGUAUUCGCAUAACA